UUUUGUCGACCCGUAAAUUUCUUAAAAAAUUCCAAUAAUUUUAUAUUUUAACCUAUUAUAUUUUCUCGUUUCAUCAUUUCCGUUGCCAUUAUAACAUAGUGCACCUCCUUUAUCAUGAUUAGUAGUCAAUGAUGAGAAACAGUAUAAAUUUGUGUUCUUACAGCAUCAGUUUGUCAAGCAACUCUUACUGCAGAAAGAGUAUUUUCUGGUCUGGUCUGCCAAACAUUAUAUUCUGAAAAAUAAUGGAGCACAAGUGCGCAAUCAAGAAAGAUAUUACUGAAUUGGUAGGCAAUACACCAACAGUUUAUCUCAACAAUAUUUUGGAAGGAUGCGAAGCUCGAAUUGCUGCCAAGCUUGAAUCAAUGGAGCCUAGCUUUAGUAUCAAAGACAGAAUUGCUUACAGUAUGAUCAAAGAUGCAGAAGAUAAGGGCUUGAUCACACCAGGCAAAUCUGUGCUCAUUGAGCUUACAAGUGGCAACACUGGUAUAUCAAUGGCAUCCAUUGGAGCAGCAAAAGGUUACAAGACUAUACUCGUUAUGCGAGCUUCGAAGAGUAUCGAGAGAAGAAUUGUGCUGAGAGCCUUAGGAGCUGAUGUUUACCUCACAGAUCCUGACAAGGGUUUUCAAGGAGUUGUUGAUAAAGCCAAUGAGAUUCUGAGUAGAACUCCUAAUGGCUAUAUGCUUGAUCAAUUCGAAAAUCCUGUCAACGUACAGGUUCAUUAUGAAACUACUGGCCAAGAAAUUUGGAGAGAUUCUGGAGGUAAAGUUGAUAUUUUGGUUGCUGGGAUUGGGACUGGAGGUACAGUUACUGGUGCAGGCAAAUUCCUGAAGGAGAAAAACCCAGAAAUUAAGGUUUAUGGGGUUGAACCAGCAGAAAGUGCAGUGUUGAAUGGAGGAAAACCUGGUAAACAUAUGAUCGAUGGAUUAGGUGCCGGUAUUAUACCUCCUCUUCUAGAUCUUGACAUGCUCGAUGAAGUUAUUCAAAUAUCAGGUGAUGAAGCUAUUGAAACUGCCAAGCUUCUGGCCUUGAAAGAAGGUUUAUUGGUGGGAAUUUCAUCCGGUGCCGUAACUGCUGCUGCAAUUAAGUUGUCAAAGAGGCCAGAAAAUGCUGGAAAACUCAUUAUAGUUAUCUUUGCCAGUGCCGGAGAGAGGUAUCUGUCCACUAAGUUGUUCGAGUCGUUUAGGCAUGAGGCAGAGCUCAUGAGCUCCGAUUAAGAAAACAAAUUGUGCUUAGUUGGAACUAUUUGUACAAAUAAACCCUGUUUCUGUAUUUCAAAAGUCCUAUUUAUAUUUGGUCUAUUCUCAUAGACAGAGACUUAAAAAGUUAAUGUAAUAAGAGCAAAUUAUUAUGACACUCGUCACAUUUAACAUAAUUCACAAUUUAA